CGUUAGCUUUUAUUUUUGAUUGAUCUCAGAAUUAAAUGUUUUUCUUUUUUUUUUCGUAGAAAAUGUCAUUCAAUUAUACAUGUACCUACACAGAUAUAUCCGCCACCGGAAGGAUGUUUUAAAGAUUUCCGACGAAAAUACCGCAAAUCGAUCGAUGUCACAUUUAUCCUAUUGUAUAUGCCACAACCCACCCCUGUGUCUCUUUACAAUAAGUAAACAUGUACUCAACUUAAAGGAGGUGAAAGUUGUGAUAAAGUUACCGGUUAUUGUGAGGUUUUAGUGACUAUUAUAAAUUCAACUUAAGAAUGUUUGGAUUUUAAAAGGUAAACCGAAAACAAGAUUCAAUAACCAACCGCCGAAGAAUGCCACAAGAAUGAAUGAAGAUCCUGAAAACCCUCCAGAUGGGGGAAACAAAGACCGGAAAACAACGUGGUGGAAGUAUUUACGACAUCCAUCAAUGAUCAUAGAUUCAAUCACCAGCAGUAUUAUUUGGAUACAGGUACUUGUGUACCAGAAAUUUGCUGGAAGGAUGCCAUUGUUUCUGAAAAGUAAAGCAGACGACCUAGAACUUCAAGUAAAGAACCUUAAUGCAGUGAUUGCUGAAAACAAAACGGAAAAGACCAACUUUUUGAAAGAAAACAGAAAUCUUGAAGAGAGGAACUCCGAGCUUAAUGACAAAAACAGCCAGCUUAAUGACAAAAACGAAACAAUUGAAAACGAAAAGAGGGGACUAGAAGAACACAAUUUGGAACUCAGAAACUUAAACGAUAAACUAAAUCAAGACCUCAAGAUACUUAAAGGGGAAUAUAAACACUUAAAAGACAUGAAAGAAGCGGUAGAGAUUGAAAACCAGAAGCAAAAUGAAUUGAUUCAAGAUCUUUCUAAGAAGGAACAAAAACUUAAUAAGGUGUACGAAGAGGAGAUGUCGAAGAACAGACAAUUAGAAGAUGAACAAAAAGAACUUCGGAUAGAAAAUGACGGACAUAUAAAUCGUAACAAGGAACUAACAAAGAAAGUUUCUGACAUGGACCAAAAAUUCAAAAAUCUUCAAGAAACGAUUAACAAACGCGUAUCUGAAAUCAAUCAAGCAUCUGACCACAUUCAUUUCCUGGAAAAUGAUAUUGAAUGUAAAGAAAACAAUAUGCAAGAGUUGCGUGGAUACAUCAGUAGUUUGACUGAAGAGAAUAGAGUUCUUGAAGAAGAGAAACAGGACGCUCUUAGAAGAUUAAGUGAACAAGUGUCAGUCAAACUUCGGGACAAUAACCCUAACAUUGUGGACCUGAGCGACCCGUGUCGUGCGACAAAACUGGCAGAAAUGUUUGGAGAGUUGUAUGAUAACGAAUGGACUAAUGCUUUUAGUGUCCUUGAAGAUGACCUAACAGAGGAACAUGCAAUUAUAGUGCUACUUGAUACUGUAAUGUUAGCGUAUAACUUUUGUGAACAGAGGGUCGACGAACCAUGGAAAACUCUAGUGUACUGGUUUCUUGAUGAGAAUCUUCCCGGAGCUCAGCAAACAUCAAAAUGGUUAAAGGACAGCCGAAAAGUAAACGUCCAGAAGAAAGUGCCUGAAGUCGAUAAGAUUUUCUCUGAGAAUGUGAGUAGAGUUUGUGAUGACAAGAAGUUGAAAUCGCUUCUGUCCAAUGAAGAUAUUAGUACAUAUUUCACAAAAUGUAUCGAGCUUUGUUUGCUGAUGGUAACAACUGAUCCACCUGUUGUAUUAGUAUGUCCCGGAUGGAACGUCAUUCACAUACAAGAUCUACUGUCAGAAGAACAAGGAAACGAUGACAAGAAACAAGACAUCAAAGAAGACAGAACAAAAAGCGAAUACGAAAUUCAAGGACAAGACGAAUUUAAAACAGAAGGCAACGAAGAAAAUGAUAAAACUAGAAGCAAUAAUGAAUCCUCUGGAGAACAAUAUUUGAAAAAUGAUCAUAAGGAUUUGAUUGAAAAUGAAAAUAGCGAAUGUUCUGGUGUCAAAUCAGACAUUGAAUGUGUCUUACCAGAGACGGCAAUACAGAAUGAUGACUUUGUUAUCGUUAAUGAUAAAGGUAACACAGUUGAAGAACAAGCAUACGACAAGUGCGAAAUUGAAGAAAAUAACGAACAUGAACUACAAUAUCCUGAAGAAAAUGGUGGAUAUACAGAUAACAGACAUGCCUCCAAAAACUGUGAUGCUAGACAAGAACAUAGGGAUUCAGAUGAGGACAAUAGCGCAAACUCAAAUGAUCCAUCUACUUAUGAUAAUGUCAUACCAGAAAAUAAACAGCAGAACAAAGAUAAUGACAGUAACUUGGCAAAACAAGACUUGACAGAAGGCAGUGCCAAAGAGAAAAACAAGACUGAACGAGAUGAAAAUAAAGAGCAUAAAAAGGGUAACGCAGAACAAGAAACCUCUCCUGCAAAUAUUGAUAACUGUAAGUUAUUUGAUGUUAAAGAUGAAAACGGAGAGGAACAGAUCGAAUCAAUGGAUGGAAACAUGAAAGGUAACAAAGAAAACGACAAUCAUGAAGAAAGAAAAAUGAAAACUGAAGAACAACGUGACCAAGUGAUUGAACAGAACGAAAUUCUAGGACAUAAUGAACAACAAGGCUAUGAAGAAACUGGUGAAACUGCAGACAGAAGAAGUUCUUCCGAAAAACGCGAUUUGAAAUCAGAAGAGGCAAAGAGUGAAAACUCACAACAAAUGAAGAAUAAUACUGUUGGUACCUUGGAAAAGGACUUAACUGAAGACAUUGUCGAGGCCGAUUGCGAGGCUGUAGAAGAUGAAAACAAACAUCAACAUGAGUUUCAACAGGGUGACGUGGAACAGAAGUCUUUGGAAAAAGUAGAUAACAGUACCUUAUUCGAUGAGAAUAGCCGGGAUGAAAUAGAAAAAGAACAUAUCGAAACAUUAAAUAUACACUCAGAAAAAAACAAAGAAAACGACAACCCUGGAGCAGAUGAACUCAAAAUUGAAGAACAGCAGGGGAUACAGCACUAUGUUGAACCAAAACCUAAAGAUGUAGAAAAGCCUGUAAAUGAAAAUGAUCACAAUGAUACCGAUGCUACUAGCAACGACAAUAACGUUGACGCAACUCUAGGAUCAAGCAGCUCACACGAUACAAUCGAUGCUAGUGUAGAUUCAGAGAAGAAUGCAGAAACAGUUGUAGAGAAUUUGCCAUUUGAUAAAGACCUAUUUAAAGAGUAUACUCGUCGUGGUAAAUUUCAAGACUACAUAGUUUGGCCAGCAAUGCGACUUCAUGAGAAUGGUCCAUUGCUUAGCAAAGGUGUAGCACAAGGGUCUAAGGAUAAAAGCAAGAGUCAUACAGCGUGGAGUUGGAUACAUCGUAAAUAGAAUAUAUGUUUUAGUUUAUUUAUUAUGAAACCUAAUUAAUAAAUGGGUUUCAUAAAGUAUACGUGAAGCGUGAAUGAUGACAUUGACAUGACAAGAUAUUUAUUAGCUCAUUGUCUAAAUUCUCUAAAUCUUUGAAUUUAUUUGAUUAAAUAUUUAUAAUAAUUAAGCUAAUUCAUUAUAAUUAUUAUUAGCAAAUUCAGCUCAACUUUAACCGUAUCUAUAAAAUUACCAACAAA